AUGACAUCCGAGAAAACACCAUCGGUGGUCGACACGAUCAAUCAAUUAGGAUGGAACUUGGCAAUACAAAUAUGUGAGAAAGAGAGUUUAUCUGCUGGCAUUGCAAUAUCUCCUCUGUCGAUAACUAUCGCCCUGGGAAUGCUAGCGGGAGGGGCAGACGAAGCGAAAUGUAGACAGUUAUGCGAAAAGCUUGGGCUGGAGGAGCCUGACAAAGUGAUAUCCGAACUUUCGACAAUCCAGGCUGCAUUGACUACUGCGCUUGAUACCGGACGGCAGUUUACCACCGCAAACGCGAUGUUUGCAGACAACUCUUCCGAAGUUGUUCCUACUUACAUCGAAUAUCUCAAACAAUUUGAUGCGCAUCUGGAUUGCAGUUUUACUCGCCUAGAGGAUGGAACAAACUUGAUAAAUGGUUGGAUUUCCCAACAGACAAAUGGGCUGAUACCCUCGAUGUUGAGCCGUCAAACCCUGUCUCAGGCCAACAUGGUCCUAAUAAACGCACUGGUGUUCAAAGCCGCAUGGCAGAAGAAAUUCGAUCGAAAAAACACCAUCAAAGACUUCCCGUUCCAUACAUCUGACCAUCGAACUGAUCCCGUCGAAAUGAUGUUUUUUCAUCGUGAGGAGGUUCUGAUCUCGAAAGACAGUGCAUAUACGGCAAUUCGGCUUCCCUAUGCCUCGAAUGCGGGUUCACAAUGGUCUUUCAUCGCCUAUUUACCGUCCGAUGGUUGUUCUCCACUCCAAAUUUUACGAACAAUCUGCCGUGAUGGAACUCCGCGCCAGUUCGUACAAACAAAACUACUGCAGUUUGGCCUGCCAAAGUUCAACCUUCGUACCCAGGAAGAUAUCGCACAAAAGCUUAAGGACUUGGGAUAUCCAAUAUCAGGGACAUUUCCGAGGAUUUCUUAUUCUUUCAUGGUUCAACGUAUUAUACACAGUGUUGCUAUCCUAUUGGAUGAAAAUGGUACAGAGGCUGCCGCUGCUACAGCGGUGGUGUUGAAGCGAUCCCUUCCAACACAUCUGCCGAGUGUGGUGUUUGACAGGCCAUUUGUCUUUUCGAUUGUUGCAGAGGAUGUCGAUUUGGUUUUAUUCACCGGUAUAUUUUCUGUCGGGUAG